AUGCUAUCCACUGGCAAAGCUGCACAGUCUUAUAGUGACAUUAGAACAGUCAAUGGUGUGGUAUAUGGUACAUUUAGGGAAGCAUGUUUUGCAAAAGGAUUUCUAGGUAGUGAUCAAGAAUUUAUUAGUGCUUUACAAGAAGCUAAUAAUUGGGGCAUUGCACACUACCUAAGAAAAUUAUUUGUCAAGCUUUUAUUUAUGAACACCAUGGACAGACCAGAAUAUGUUUGGCAACAAACAUGGCAAUGGAUGGCAGAUGAUAUCAGAUUCAAUAAUAGAAAACAAGAUGAGCAAAAAACUAUUGUCGAUACCAUUAUCCGUGUAGUUAACACUCAAUCAGCUGCAGUUUACUUCCUCUAUGGAUAUGGUGGAACUAGCAAAACAUUUGUUUGGACAACCUUAUCAUCUGCUAUACGCUCCAAUAGUGAAAUUGUUUAUACAGUUGCUUCAAGUGGAAUUGCUUCAUUACUAUUACCUAGUGGUUGGACAACAUAUUCCAAAUUUGCUAUACCGGUGCCUGCAACACAGAAUUCAACAUGCAAUAUUCAUCAAGGCAGCGAGUUAGCUGAAUUAUUGAAGGUUACAAAACUAAUAGUCUGGGAUGAAGCUCCAAUAUGUCACAGAUUUGCAUUUGAGGCACUAGAUAAAAGCCUUAAAGACAUCAUGCAGAACAAUCUACCUUUUGGAGGCAAAAUUGUAGUUUUUGGUGGAGAUUUUCGACAGAUAUUACCUAUUGUUCCAAAAGGUAAUCGCUCAGACAUUGUUCAUGCAACUAUAAAUGCAUUAUACAUUUGGGACCAUUGCCAAAUUCUUAGACUGACAAAAAACAUGAGGUUGCUAUCAAGUGCUCCCGAGCAGCCCAACAAUCAAGAGCUCAAACAAUUUUCAGAUUGGCUACUUGACAUAGGAGAUGGCAAAAUUGGACAAGGUAAUGACGGAUUUUCAAAAAUCACCAUCCCAGAUGAGUUUCUUAUAAAGGAUUAUAUCGAUCCUAUCCAUGCUAUUGUUGAAGCCAUAUAUCCCCAACUUGAUACAUAA